AUGCCCAAGGCGUAUCUCCCCGACCUGAGCACGCUGCUCAAGGCGGGCGCGGCCAUCGGGUUGACCAUCUUCUCCGGGGUUGGUGCGCUACUGUACCUCUAUCAGAACAAGCUCAUCUACGUGGCAUCCAUGCCGGCUGGUCAGUUGGCCCUUCGUCAACUUGACGGAUUAAGGUGGGAAUGCUGAUGCUGUCCCCGGACUGUUUCAGGCUCGCGAACGAAUGUGGCCACACCCGACGAGUUCGGCAUGCCAGACUACGAGCAACUGACCUUGCACACUCCAGAUGGGGUCACGAUCCGAGCCUAUCUUCUGUUGCGACCCGACGCCGAGCAAGAAGAAGAGGCACCUCGGCCGACGAUCCUGUUCCUUCAUGCCAAUGCUGGCAACAUUGUGAGGCUAGCGCCAGCUACGCGCCGCGAAUGCGUGGGAGACCAUUACACUUCUGACGUAAGCCUUCCUUUUAGGGUCACCGAUUACCGCUGGUCAAGGUCUUCUACCAAAAACUUCGCUGCAAUGUUCUCGCAUUGAGCUACCGGGGGUCAGUGCAUGCACAACCACUCGGACGCCCGAUCGGAUAACAGCGACCCAGCCUCUCAGCUGACACUUCGCAUUUUUGCUCUCGCCUGAAACAAACGAACUUGCGUCGACUUUCUUACAGGUACGGGUUGUCCGAGGGCGAGGCAGAUGAGAAAGGGAUCAAAAUCGACGCUCAAGUCGCGCUCGAUCAUGUUUUGUCCCAUCCGAGCCUUGAGAAGACGCCCAUUUUUUUGGCAAGUUCCCGCAGAUACUCCUUUGCUGAGUUUAAGACCGGGUGCGGCUGACGCAGCGCAACCGUGUGUUUUCUUACACAUCUACAGUAUGGCCAAUCGAUCGGGGGAGCGGUGGCCAUAUUCCUUGCAAGUCAAAACAAAACCCGCGUGCGCGGAUUGAUCGUCGAGAACACCUUUACCUCCCUACGUCGUCUCGUGCCGUCCGUCAUGCGUGAGUAUGCUCCGUCGCAGUUGGAGUGGCGAUUGAUUUUUGGGUCUAGUUUAAAAAUACUGAGAUCAGUAUUCAACUGCUUGGUACAUCUACAGCUUUACUUGCACCGUUCCUCUUCCUCUUGCAUCAAAUUUGGCCGUCGAUUGAUCUCAUCGACACACUACCCGUCGACUUCCCGGUCCUGUUCCUCAGCGGUGACAAGGAUGAGCUCGUACCCCAGCACCACAUGACUCAGCUAUAUGUGCAUUGUUCGAGUCAGAACAAGCACUGGAGAGACUUUGAACAUGGCACCCACAGUGAGUGUCGUCGAUUUUGCCGUAGCGGGGCCGAGAGAGGCGGAGCUGAUCCUUGCCUCGUCGCCUAUACAGACGACACCUGCAUCCAACCCUUGUACUUCAAGCAUAUUGCGGAGUUCAUCUUGAGAACACUCUCAACACCGACAAGUGACGAGGAGAAGUCUGAAUCGUCUACAGUGUCCGCCACUGUACCCUCAGCCCCGGGAUCCUCGAUCGACAGUUUUGAACUGAUUGAUCGCGAGAUCGACGCAGCUGGCGGUGCAAACAGCGUCAACGUGUUUGAGGCCGCCGCAAAAGACAAGUUGUGA